AUGGAUUCUUCUUCAUCUUCACUGGCUUCUUCAAUUUCUUCUUCUUCUGAUUGGAAGUAUGCUGUGUUUCUCAGCUUUAGAGGAGAGGAUACUCGCAAUAAUUUUACUGGCCAUCUCUAUAAAGCUUUGGACCAAAAAGGAAUUGAAACCUUUAUGGAUGAUAAGAAGCUUAGAACAGGUGAAGAGAUAUCUCCCACACUUGUUACAGCAAUCCAAAGAUCAAGGUGCUCUAUCAUUGUUCUGUCAGAAAAUUAUGCAUCUUCCAAGUGGUGUCUAGAGGAACUUGUGAUGAUACUAGAGUGCAAAAGAACCAAAAAUCUGAAGGUUGUGCCUAUCUUCUACAAUGUGGAUCCAUCACAUGUUCGGAACCAGACCGGAAGUUUUGGGGAAGCCCUGGCUAAACAUAAAGAGAAUUUGAAGAUCAAGGUAGAGAAGGUGCAGAAGUGGAGGGAGGCUCUAACUCAAGUUGCCAAUUUAUCUGGCUUGCAUUCCGUGAAGAACAAGCCUGAGGCUCAACUUAUUGAGGAAAUCAUUGCAGAUAUUUCCAAAGAUUUAUAUUCUGUACCUUUGAAAGAUGCCCCAAACCUAGUGGCAGUGGAUUCUUGUAUAAGGGAACUGGAAUCGUUAUUAUGUCUUCCGUCAAUGGAUGUUCGUAUGGUAGGAAUUUGGGGUAUGGGUGGCAUCGGUAAGACCACCCUUGCUAGAGCUAUUUAUGAACAAAUUUCUGGCCAAUUUGAAGGUUGUUGCUUUCUUCCCAAUGUAGAACAUUUGGCAAGUAAAGGUGAUGACUAUUUAAGAAAAGAACUUCUUUCAAAGGUACUAAGGGAUAAAAACAUAGAUGUGACAAUCACUUCGGUGAAGGCAAGAUUUCACUCAAAAAAGGUCCUUAUUGUUAUCGAUAAUGUGAACCACCGGUCAAUAUUAAAAACUUUAGUAGGAGAACUUGAUUGGUUUGGGCCACAAAGUAGAAUCAUUAUAACAACCAGGGAUAAACAUGUUCUAACCAUGCAUGGAGUGGAUGUUAUUUAUGAAGUCCAGAAAUUACAAGACGAUAAAGCCAUUGAGCUCUUUAAUCAUCAUGCCUUUAUAAACCACCCUCCUACAGAAGAUGUUAUGGAGCUCUCUCAGCGUGUAAUAGCUUAUGCUCAAGGUCUUCCAUUGGCUCUUGAAGUUUUAGGAAGUUCUUUAUGCAAGAAAAGCAAAGAUGAAUGGGAAUGUGCACUGAAUAAACUAGAAAAAAUCCCUGACAUGGAAAUUCGCAAAGUGCUUCAAACAAGUUUUGAUGAGUUAGAUGAUGACCAGAAGAAUAUAUUUUUGGAUAUUGCCAUUUUUUUUAAUGAGGUGGAAGAAGAUUUUACAACAGAAAUGCUCAAUAGUUUUGGUUUUUCUGCAAUCAGUGGAAUAAGAACCCUCAUUGAUAAGUCUCUAAUAGGAAAUUUGGAUGAUGAGUUACAUAUGCAUGAUCUACUAAUAGAAAUGGGUAAAGAAAUUGUUCGUCGAACUUCUCCUAAGGAGCCUGGUAAACGUACUAGAUUAUGGGAGCAACAAGAUAUCUGUCAUGUACUGGAAAAAAAUACGGGAACUGAUGAAGUGGAAGUCAUAGACUUUAACUUGUCUGGCUUAAAGGAAAUAUGUUUUACCACUGAAGCCUUUGGCAAUAUGAGCAAACUUAGAUUGCUCGCGAUCCAUGAAUCUAGCCUAUCCGACGACUCUGAAUGUAGCUCCAGAUUGAUGCAAUGUCAAGUGCACAUUUCUGAUGACUUCAAAUUUCAUUAUGAUGAGUUGAGGUUCCUACUGUGGGAAGAAUAUCCUCUGAAAUCAUUGCCAUCUGAUUUUAAGUCCCAGAAUCUUGUGUACCUCUCCAUGACUAAAAGCCACCUUACUCGGCUCUGGGAAGGAAACAAGGUUUUUAAAAACUUAAAAUAUAUUGAUCUUAGUGACUCUAAAUACCUGGCAGAAACUCCGGAUUUCUCAAGGGUCACCAAUCUUAAAAUGUUGAGUUUUGAAGGUUGUACACAGUUGCAUAAAAUUCACUCGUCUCUUGGAGAUUUGGACAAACUCUGUCGCUUGAAUUUCAAAAACUGCAUAAAUCUUGAGCAUUUUCCAGGCCUGGAUCAGUUGGUAUCCCUUGAAGCUCUCAAUCUCUCUGGUUGCUCAAAGCUAGAGAAGUUUCCGGUUAUCUCACAGCCCAUGCAUUGCUUAUCCAAGCUCUGUUUUGACGGGACUGCUAUAACAGAACUCCCCUCCUCAAUUGCUUAUGCCACCAAGCUUGUUGUGCUGGAUUUACAAAAUUGCGAAAAGCUCCUGAGUCUUCCAAGCAGCAUUUGUAAAUUGGCACAUCUUGAGACCCUUUCUCUUUCUGGCUGCUCAAGACUUGGAAAACCUCAAGUAAACUCAGACAACUUGGAUGCUUUGCCAAGGAUCUUGGAUCGACUUUCUCAUCUACGGGAGCUUCAGUUGCAAGAUUGCAGGAGCCUUCGAGCAUUGCCACCACUUCCAUCAAGUAUGGAACUUAUAAAUGCAAGUGAUAAUUGCACAUCACUUGAGUACAUCUCCCCUCAAUCAGUUUUCCUAUGUUUUGGAGGCUCUAUAUUUGGUAAUUGCUUCCAACUGACCAAGUAUCAAAGUAAGAUGGGGCCUCAUUUACGGAGAAUGGCAACCCAUUUUGACCAAGAUAGAUGGAAGUCCGCUUAUGAUCAACAAUACCCAAACGUUCAGGUGCCAUUCAGUACUGUUUUUCCUGGAAGUACAAUACCUGAUUGGUUCAUGCAUUAUAGUAAGGGGCAUGAAGUCGAUAUAGAUGUAGAUCCAGAUUGGUACGAUAGUAGUUUCCUGGGUUUUGCACUUUCUGCUGUUAUAGCACCCAAGGAUGGGUCCAUUACAAGGGGUUGGUCCACCUACUGUAACUUGGAUUUACAUGAUCUUAAUUCCGAAUCCGAAUCCGAAUCCGAAUCCAGUUGGGUAUGUUCCUUUACUGAUGCUCGUACUUGCCAACUUGAAGAUACGACAAUUAAUUCAGAUCAUCUGUGGCUGGCCUAUGUACCAUCGUUUUUGGGCUUCAAUGAUAAGAAAUGGAGUCGCAUUAAGUUUUCAUUUAGUACAAGCAGGAAGUCCUGCAUUGUGAAGCAUUGGGGAGUUUGUCCAUUGUACAUUGAAGGUAGCAGUGAUGACAACUAUAACCGUGAUGGCGAUUAUUCCAGUGGGAGAUGCUGCUUGAAUGAGGGCCUUGGAGUGCAGACUAGUAGUGACAACAACAUUGAUGAUGAGGGGAAUGCUUGUGGAAGUGUCCUUGAUGAUCUACGUGAAUGGGGAUUAGAAGAUAUCAUAAUCAGGAGAAGCCCUGAAGAUGACCAACCCAGUGGACAGGUCUAUGAAGAUGCGAAUGGCACACAUGCCUGGAACCAAGAAAGGCUUCGGAUGCAGCCAAACCCUCUCAUAGCACAGACUAGUUAUGGCCAGUACACUCAUGAAAGGAAUCCUGCUAAAAGUGUCCUUGAUUAUCGCUAUGAAUCCACAUUUGAAGAUGGCAUAGUCAGGAUGAGAAGCCUUCUUGAGGAGUACCCCGGAGUAAUUGGUUUCUCUCCUACUGACUCACACUCCUGGGACCAAGAAAGGCUUGGGAGGCAGCCAAACCCUCCCAUAUCCAACAGUGAGACUGGGUUUUGGAUUUGUAUCACUAUUUUUAGCUUCUUCUUUCUUGCUCACAUUUUCCAUUCCGCUUCAUUUCGGAUCUCGCCACUUCUCGGCGUGUUACUCUUGCUUUUUAUCUUUAGUCGGCUAUAG